AUGUUGAUUCAAUUCGGCACAAGUCGAUCAUAUUUUAAAUGUUCAUCUUUUGGUGAAAAAAGCGAUUACAGCGAAUGUUUAAAUCCAAAUUCAAAUGCUAUUUUACCUGGUGUUUCUGUAUUAGAUAGACUUCAUUUACAUGACUUGAAAUGGUUUGAAGAUGUUAUAAUAUUGAUUUUGAUUUGUAUUGGAAUAAGAAUUUUAUCUUAUUACGCUCUAAGAAGAUCGACUAAAUUAC